AUGCGAUCGAGCCUCACAAGGCCCUCGAUAAGGAAAUUUGAUGGGAAAAAGCUGGAUCGGGUGGGAGCUGGUCCCUUCGUGCACGCGAAUGCUGGCUUCGACUCAUCAGAGCCCAUGGGUCUCGGCCUCGUGACGUCAGCACGACAAAGUUGUGCUUGCCGUUCCGAAGCACUUGGUUUCCCUCGUCGACGCUGCAGUGUGGAUGCCGUCUACGGCAACAGUGUCGAGCAGCCCUCGACGGAGAUCCGGGGAUCGGAAGAAGACAUCCACGUGGCCAAAGGGAGUUCCAUCACCCUGACCUGCGUAGUGAGGAAUUAUCCGAAGCCCCCCGACCACGUCACCUGGUUUCACGGAGAUCAGAUUAUAAACCACAAGUCCCCUCGAGGUGGAGUGAUCGUGGAGACGGAGAAGGGCGAGAUGACGACGAGCAUGUUGGUCGUCCUCAACGCCACCCCCCACGAUUCCGGCAUCUACAAAUGUCGACCGUCAAACGCCAAAGAGGCCAUCGCCAAAGUUCACGUGCACACCGGACAUUUGCCUUCGCCGAUGCAGAUUCCUUCAGCUGGGGGAUCCCUGGACCUGCUCUCCAUUCGCUGCCUUCCUCUCGUAAUUCUCCUCACAUCUUCUCACAUCACCUGAAACCGCUAUUCUUCACGAUGGUGUAGCGCCCUGUGAUGGGAUGCAGAUCCAGUCGAACGAGCAGAUGACGAAGGACACAAUCCACUCUAUUUGCUGGACUAUAUUCGAGUGAUUUUCUGCCGAUUUCAUCAGCGCGAUGUACUUUCGCCAUUGUGUCAGCGAAAUAAUUGUUCCGGG